AUGAGAGGCAGCCGUCACCUACCAUUAUGCCUCCCUCAUCAGCCGCCGGUUGCUACACCGAGUCCGAUGGCUCAGUUCAUCCGCCACCACAGCCGUGCCGCCUUGCUGUGGUCGCUGCUAUCAUUCCGACGAGAAGAGAAGCCGGGAUCGGAGCACCACCGUCCCACUGUUACAUUGCCGCCACUCCCUUUCUUCGUGCGUUUCCGAUCUGACGAGUCGGAGUCGACCGUCGCCGUCCCACCUUUUACGUUGUUGAGCGCCGACAUGCACAACCUUGCUGCCUUCACUUCUUCGCCACCGGAAGCGCCGCUGCUGCGUCCAUUUUCGUGA